AUGAUGGCUUCCAACAGGCAUCAGCAAUUCCCUGAGCGGCCCGCAGCCAGCGCCCUGGCUCCCAGCGACAGAUGCCCCAGCCCCGACCAGCUCUUGUCCCCAAACAGGAACAAGACGAAAAACCACACCAGCAAACUCCAAGAGCUGGCCCUGAUGCUACCCGUGCCCCUGAAAAAUGGCGCGAAGAAGCUGACCAAGAAGGAGAUUUUGUGUCACGUCCUGCAGUACAUCCGGCACCUGCACAGAAACAUUGAGGCCACCAGGGCCCUGCUCGAACUCCACACCGGCGACGGGGAAGGUGCGCUGGGGCGGCUGGCUCGGAACCCAGCUGCAGGCCCGGCCCGGCGGAGACACGCCACCCCCUCCAGCUCCCCGUGCUCUCGGAAGCCCUGUCUCUGGGGCGUCUGCCAGAAACCACAGAAGAAGAAGCCGACCCGAGCGCCAGAGAACCAGACCUCAGGCCGGAAGCCUCGUCGCUGUCUGGCCCUGGACAAGCCCGAGAAGGUGGUGACCCCACCCCCAGAGCAGCAAGGAGGAGCCACCAGGGAGACCCCCACGCUUCGGAGACGCCCCGAGCUCUGCGGCCUCCCCAAGGCUGCCUCGGCCUCACCUCAAGCCGGGGAUUCUGCGAGCCUUGCCCAGGGCGGCCCCGCCCUGGAGGCCCAGGACAUUCUGGAAGGACUCCAUUUUCUCAGCGAUGCCCAGCUCUGGCCCAGGUGGCCCGCGGACCCCCACGGGCUCCGUCUGCAGCCCCCGGCCCGGGCCCCGCGCUGCCUCUGGGCCCCACCUUCCUGCAGGCAGAACCUGGUGCUCUAUGAUUCCGACGACGAGGUGGACAAGGAGGCCCUAGAUGCUGACCCUUGGUUUCCUGUCUGCACCCCAGAGGGCAGCCCCCAAGGGAGCCCGCUGGCCUUGGGGCCCCUGCAGAUGGAUCUGUGGAGCGCGCCCGGCCCCCCGGGUGCCUUCUUGGGCCUCAGCCCGUCUCUGCUCAGCUCCCCGGGCGCACUGUUGCCUGAGCAGAUCCUGGACGACAGCGCUGAGUUCCUGAGCCAAGGUGAGCUCCGGGCCGCCUGGUGCUCGGCCCUCGCCGAGCUCAGGCCCGCUGGCUUCCCGGAGGUGGAUCCGCCCGCCAGGCCGCGUGCUCUCUUCGAAGAUGUGCUCCUGGACCCUGAGCCCGAGCCUGAGCCCCCGGCUCCCGUGGCUGGGGCACCGCAGGAGUCCUCUGUCUCCCUGGAGCACUGCUACCUGUCGCUGAGAGAGGACAGCAAGACGCCCUCCGGUUCCAGUUCCAGCUCCAGCUCCGAGUUCUCCGACACGGACUCUGAGGGCGGCCAGCACGAGGACGCGGGGGCCAGCGCCGAGGGCUCACCGUCCUCCAGCGACGAGGAUGGAGACCGCACGUGGACCCCGACCCGGCGGCCCUGCAGCGGGCCCGCCGCCCGGAGCAAGGCCAGGAAGGGCCACAGCCCCGCCAGGCCCAAGGAGACCAAGAAAGGCCCCGGGCCCGCCCAGGCGAAGAAGAAGUGCGUGAACGGCUUCAUCAUGUUCUGCAGGAUGAACCGCAAGCAGUACAUCCGAGCCUGCCCUGGGACCGCGUCCACGGCCGCCACCAAGGAGCUGGCCCAGCUGUGGCGGGAGAUGACCCUGCAGGAGCGGAGGCCGUACUGCACCAAGGCGCGCCGGUUCAGCCGCCAGCACAACCGUAUCGUGAAACGGGCCAGCUCCAGCAGCGAGGACGAGGACGGGGACACCCCCAAGCCCUUCUACCAGCUGCUGGCCGAGAAGGCCCGGCCCCGGCGCCCCACUGCGGGUGACGCCUCCUGA